AUGGCAAACCCAAGUAGUUAUGUUAACCUAUUAACGAGCCAAGGGGUAGUUGACCUUGGCUCAUCCGAACCUCUUUUCUUUAGCCCAUGUUCUGAUGAGGCUACUGUCAAAGAGAGGAGGAAAUGGUCACCCAAGGAGGAUGUAAUCCUCAUUGGUGCGUGGCUCAACACCUCUAAAGACCCAAUUGUGGGGAACGACCAGAAAGCGGGUGCCUUCUGGAAGAGGAUUGUAGAGUACUACAACUCCAAUCCUCUCCUGAUUGGGACAACCCCACGAGAACUUGGGCAGUGCAAGUCAAGAUGGACUAGGAUCAAUGAAGUGGUGUGCAAGUUUGUUGGCUGUUACGACCUGGCAUUGAGGGGGCAGAGUAGCGGGCAAAAUGAGAAUGAUGUGAUGAAGGCCGCGUUGGAUAUCUACCACAAUGACAUGAAACAGAAGUUCACCUUGGAGCACGCGUGGAGAGAGCUUAGGCAUGAUGUCAAAUGGUGCUCCACAAAGCGCAAAGCAGUGGAUGAUCAAGGGGCAGUGCCAGUGCCAGAGCCACAAGAGAGACCAAUAGGGGUUAAAGCUGCAAAGGCUGCUAGGAAGAGGAAGAAAACACCAAAAGAAGAAGAAUUGGCCAAGCUAGAAGGCCUGUUGGAGAUCAAAAAAGAAAUCUCAAAGCAAGGUUUGCUUGCAAGUUUGGUUGCAAAGGCCGAGCCACUCACUGAGAUGGAACUUGCUGUAAAAGCUAAACUUUUGUCUGAAAUGUUGUGA